AUGUCUGUGCAGAUCUUCGAGGAGGAGCACAACAUCUGGUUCCUGGACCGCGGCGGGGCCCUGGUGGCGGUGAAGCAGCCGUCCGUGCCGACCCGGCACCUGUGGUCAUCUGGGGCCCGUCUGGGGCCCGGCCCCACACACUGCCUGCUUCUGCUGGGGAGUGACACCUCUGAGACGGGAAUGCUCUCUGACAGGCUCAGCUUCGACGAGGGGGUGCAGUGGAGCCAGCACAGCUUCUCGGCCGUGCCCCUGUUCGUGGACGGAGUCCUGGUGGAGGCGGGCGCCGACAACCAGAUCAUGACGUGA